AUGGUGGGCACCCUGCCGGCGGGCCAGCCCACAUCUCGUGGCACUGCUGAACCUUCGGUGGCUCGACGGCGGGUAGGCCCAGACUUUGGCACGUCGUCCUUAAAACUCGAGGAUCGCUCUGGCCAGGGAUGGCUUUGGUCACCCCGGACUGGAGACGUUGCUGAACCACGGGCCCUGUCAGCAGAGACCUACCGAAGGUUGGAGCAAGAGAAUCAAGUGUUGAGGGAGUCUCAAGGCCUCCUCGCCCGGCCGACCUGGCAGAUGCUGAGAAAGGUCAUGGCGAACAAAGCUCCUUUGGUGAAGGUGCAGGCCGAGAAGCGUUCCAGUGAGACUGGGGGUGGUCAGCUGCCGAAAGAGUUGCCGUUUCAGCUGAAGGCGCACUUGCCGCUAGUGGCAUGGGAAGGGUUCCGCGAGGCCAUGAACCAAGCGCUGAAGCGCGAGAAGCUCACGCGGCAGCGGCUCCGGAGCACCCGCGGCAUCCCGACCUUGUUGGGCAUCACUUCGUUGGUGAGCUCCUGCGUUGCCAUGGUCCUUCUGCAUGUCCUGCAGAUUGAUGCGGCGUUGGGUGUGGGAUUGUUGGCUGUACCGCCUGCCUUGGCGCUCUUCGGUUGGACUGUCAUGUGGAUUCUGCUGAUGAAGCAUUGGCGCAAGCAUCAGAGAUUAUUGCAAGACAUCAUGGGCUGCCUGAGGACUUGUUGCGAGGAGCUCAGCCGAGAGCACCGGGCCUUGGCGGUCAACCUGGUGACGCGCACAGAGGAGACAGCGGCCAUGGACUGGUUGGGGCGGGCGACGUGCAAGUCUAAGGAUGUUUUUUGCGUGGACUUCCGCAUCAUCAACGAAGACUUUGGAAAUGAAUUGAGGAGCCUUCCGAAGCAGCGUGCUUUGGAUGCAGAGGAGAGCACACGUCCACCCAGUGGGAAGAGUGAGGGCUCAAGCCUUCCAGCUGAGCAGCGAGGUGGCGCCGAGCUUCGCACAUUGGCGACUCUGGCGCCGGACGAGCAGCUGCAGCUGCGGCCCGUGUCGGCUGGGGGGACUUUCGAGUGCCCGCGGCCGCGGGUUCUGGCUCCAACUGGACCACGGCAUCAGGCAACUCCAGAGCAAGCCGGGAGGCCUGGACGUAGACAAGUACUGAAUGACCGACUUUUGGCCUGGCUCCGGCAUCGGCUCCCGUAG